ACUCGCGGGAGUGAGUGAGGGAGUAGCAGGCAUCUCCACUUUACUCCAGCAUAGCCCCGGCUCACAGUUCAAAUCCAAGUCCCAAACUCCUCCUGCCGCAUUCAUCUCAGGGUCCUGCCUCCUAGCGCGCCCCCUCGGCCGCUCUCUUCCUUGUUGGGCGCCGAGCCUGGCCCAGCGUCCUGACCAGUCACGAGGGCCGUGACCACCCGCACUUUUCCCUGCCCUCUUUCCCCGAGGGCUCGCCGCGGCUGCUCCAGGCAGAAGCGGGCUGGGAUGCUCCUGCCCUCCUGGGCAGCCCCAAGCCCCCCCACCUGCUCGCCGGGGGAAGAGUACACACGAAGGAGCAGCUGGCACAUCCUGCGUCCUCCAACCUUGACCCAAGCAUGCAAGGCCUCCCUGCUGGGCUCAGCCUGGAUGAUUUCAUCCCUGGUCACCUCCGAACCCAUAUAGGCUCAUCCUCCCGGGGGACAAGGGUGCCAGUGAUCCGGAAUGGUGGCUCCAACACCCUUAAUUUCCAGUUUCAUGACCCUGCGCCCAGGACUGUGUGCAAUGGCUGCCCCCCACCCAGGAGAGAUGGUUCCUUGAAUCCAGACCCAGCAUGGUAUCAGACCUGGCCAGGCCCUGGGAGCCGGCCCUCUAUGAGCCCGAAGCCACCUGCUUCCCAGCAUGCCCAGAACUGGUCAGCCACAUGGACCAAGGACAGCAAGCGACAGGACAAGCGCUGGGUGAAGUACGAGGGAAUCGGGCCCGUGGAUGAGAGCGGCAUGCCCAUUGCCCCCCGAUCUAGUGUUGACAGCCCCAGAGACUGGUAUCGAAGAAUGUUCCAGCAAAUUCACCGGAAAAUGCCAGACCUGCAGCUGGACUGGACCUUGGAAGACCCACCCAAAGUGGUUUCCGCACGCGCCUCUUCUGCAGAACCCAGGCAUCUAGGGACCCUGCAAAGACCUGCCUCCAGGCCUGGCACAACUGAGACUUCUAGCGGAAGAAACUGGAACCACUCUGAAGAGACAUCUAGAAACACCUUUAACUAUAAUUUUAGACCAUCCUCUUCAGGGCUUCAUCCCCCAAAUCAGGUGCCUAGACAUCGAGAGAAAGUAGAGAAUGUCUGGACAGAAGAUUCCUGGAACCAGUUUCUGCACGAACUAGAAACUGGGCAUAAGCCUAAGAAACCACUGGUGGAUGACCCUGUUGAGAAGCCUGCACAGCCCAUUGAGGUCCUGCUAGAGAGAGAACUGGCCAAGCUGAGCGCAGAGCUGGACAAGGACCUGCGGGCCAUUGAGACCCGCCUGCCGUCCCCCAAGAACUCUCAGGCUCCACGACGGCCCCUUGAGCAGCCCGGCUUGGAGCAGCAGCCCUCAGCCCGUCUGUCCUCAGCCUGGAGGCCCAACUCACCGCAUGCACCUUACUUCAGUUCCUCCCGACCCCUGAGCCCCCACAGAAUGGCAGAUGGAGGAGGAAGCCCCUUUCUGGGACGUAGAGAUUUUGUCUACCCUUCCUCAGCCCGAGAGCCUAGCGCCUCUGAAAGGGGUAGCAGCCCUUCGAGGAAAGAAGAGAAGAAGAGGAAGGCCGCCCGGCUCAAGUUUGACUUCCAGGCACAGUCCCCCAAGGAGCUGUCUCUGCAGAAGGGUGACAUUGUCUAUAUCCAUAAGGAAGUGGACAAGAACUGGCUGGAGGGGGAACACCAUGGCCGGCUGGGCAUCUUCCCAGCUAAUUAUGUGGAGGUUCUGCCUGCCGAUGAGAUUCCCAAGCCCAUCAAGCCGCCCACAUACCAGGUGCUGGAGUAUGGCGAUGCAGUAGCCCAGUAUACCUUCAAGGGAGACCUGGAGGUAGAACUGUCCUUCCGAAAGGGAGAACGCAUCUGCCUGAUCCGCAAGGUGAACGAACAUUGGUAUGAGGGGCGCAUCACUGGCACUGGACGCCAGGGCAUCUUCCCUGCCAGCUACGUGCAGAUAAACCGAGAGCCCCGGCUCAGGCUUUGUGAUGAUGGUCCCCAGCUCCCUGCAUCACCUAACCCGACAACCACUGCUCACCUAAGCAGCCACUCCCACCCCUCCUCAAUACCUGUGGACCCCACUGACUGGGGAGGUCGAACCUCCCCUCGACGCUCCGCCUUUCCCUUCCCCAUCACCCUCCAGGAGCCCAGAUCCCAAACCCAGAGUCUCAAUACCCCUGGACCAACCCUGUCCCAUCCUCGAGCCACCAGCCGUCCCAUAAACCUGGGACCCUCCUCCCCAAACACAGAGAUACACUGGACUCCGUACCGGGCCAUGUACCAGUACAGGCCCCAGAAUGAGGACGAGCUGGAACUUCGAGAGGGGGACCGUGUGGAUGUCAUGCAGCAAUGUGACGAUGGCUGGUUUGUGGGUGUCUCCCGGCGAACUCAGAAAUUUGGGACAUUCCCUGGAAAUUAUGUAGCCCCAGUGUGAGUGGUCUCCAUGGCAGUUUGGAGCCAACGAGGAUCGGGAGGGGAGCAGUAGCACUAUGGGAGGGAGAGAGGCCUUCCAUAGCCUCCUCCCCAGGACCUGUGCUCCCAGCUUCUGCAGAGACCCCAGCAACUUUCCCUCCAAGCCUCCUUGAAGUCCGAUUCCCACCCCGCAAGUCACAGGCAUUCCUUUGACAGCCCCCUUCACCGCCCCUCAAAUACAGACAUCUGCUUUCAUGUGGAGACUGUCUCCAGGCCUUAUUGAGACCAGACCCCUAAGCCUCCAACCCCCCAGCAUGUCCCCUAAUGGGGACUGGCUCUCGCUUCACCCCCAUGGGGUUCCUCUAAUAAGGACCAGCCUUCUACCCUGGUGGAGACCAAAGGCCUCCUCCCGUUUCUCAUCAGCUUGCCUGCUACCACUUUGCCUUCUGGCCUCCAGCUGGGCCAGGAAGCAAGGUGGGAACACCUCCUCGGCCUUGAAGGCCCAAUGACAGGCCUUGCCUCAAGGCCUUUCCUUCUCAGAGCCUCCUGAACCCCUGGGUAGGGCCUCCCCAUGUACCCUGCCGACUGACUGAGGCACACAACUUCCCUGGCUUAUCAGAAGAUUCAUUUACAGGGAGACAAGCUUGCUGCCCUAAUUCCCAGCUCUCCCCAGUGUCCAGAUCCUCUCUGGAAGAGACUAUAAAAUAAACGUGGGUGCCAGGGA